CACUGGGAGCUGUAGUACUGGGAGCACUGGUGUGUGCUGGGAGCUGUGUUCCCCUGCACUGCCAGGGGCCAUGGGGGGGGAGCAGUCGCUGGCGCUGCCCCCGGGGAAGGGACCCCACGGCGUGGGCUGCGUGGACGUCAUGGUGGGACACACACGGCAGGGGCUCUUCCUCCGCCUCUUCUACCCCUGCGAGCCCCGGGUGGGGGCCGAGCGGCCCCGCUGGAUCCCCCGCUACGAGUACAGCCGGGGCCUGGCCCAAUUCCGCGGCCGCAGCCCCCGCUGGGGCGCUCCCCUGCUCCACGUCGCCUUCGGCUCCUGUAGGGUGCCGGUGAGCUGGAAGGGGCCCUUCAAACCCCGCAGCGGUGGCUACCCGCUGGUCAUCUUCUCCCACGGCCUGGGGGCUUUUCGCACCCUGUACUCGUCCGUCUGCUCGGAGCUGGCGUCCUGGGGCUUCGUGGUGGCGGCGCUGGAGCACAGGGACGGCUCAGCCUCGGCCACGUAUUUCUGCACGGCGGAGAGCGGGCAGGAGGAGUGGAUCCAGCACCAGCGGCUGCCCCCGGGGCAGAAGGAGUUUUAUUUUCGGAACAUGCAGGUUCAUCAGCGAGCCAACGAGUGCGUGCGGGCGCUGCGGCUCUUCCAGGCCGUGCGCGGCGGUCGGCCCGUCCCCAACGUCCUGCACCCAGACUUCGACCUCUCCGUGCUGAAGGACGGCGUUGAUCUGGGCAAAGUGGCCGUCAUGGGGCAUUCGUUCGGGGGGGUGACGGCCGUGCUGGCCCUGGUGAAGGAGCCCAGCUUCAGGUGCGCGGUGGCUCUGGACGCCUGGAUGUUCCCCCUGGAGAACACGCUGUACCCGGAGGUGCCCAGGCCCGUGCUCUUCAUCAACGCCGAGAAGUUCCAGACGCCGGAAAGCAUCGCCAAAAUGAAGAGGCUGAGCUCCAGGAACAGCCAGACGAGGAUCAUAACCGUGCUGGGGUCCGUGCACCACAGCCAAACCGACUUCGCCUUCCUCACCGGGAAGCUCGUCAGGCGGAUCUUCAGCGUGGGGGGCACCCUCGACCCCCACAAGGGCCUGGACAUCAUCAGCCGGGCGGCUCUGGCCUUCCUGCAGAGGCACCUCGACCUGAAGGAGGAUUUUGAUCGCUGGGAGCACCUCCUGGAUGGCGUCGGUGACUCGGUGGUGCCAGCAGCACCUCCCUGCCGCUCCAACCUCUAACCCCGGGCACCAGGGAAUCGUCCGCUCGUAGCCAGCACGAGGACGUUUGGAAGCCGGCCCCGAAGAGCAGGAGGGCCCCUGGGGACAGCAGGGCCUGGGGACUGCGUGUGUGGGACGUGGCUGCGGCGCUCACCAGGAGUGCCAGGAAAUCCCUCCCGGCCCCAGGGCUGCGGCGGGGCAGCGAGGGCUGAGGAGCUCGGGGAAUAAAACCCCAAGGGACGAGGACUUGGGAUCCUUGGGGUGGCACGCGUGGGGCUCGGGGGCACACGUGGCAGGGGCAGGGUUGGGGACGGAGCAAGCGGGGCCACAAGAACCAGGGUGAAGACGCAGCGAAAGGGCUCCGAGUGUAGAGGUGAGGCAGAUCUGCAAGCACAAAAUUUGGGGAGGGGAAAGGGGGGAAGAAAGUGGUUUAAGGAAACAUCUCUGAGCAGCCUGGCAGCGCCACGAGCAGGCUGCAGGCUCAAGCACGUGCUGGAAGCAGCCCAGAAGCCUCUACAACCAGCAAUACCGGAGCCGUGAGCACAGGGGCUGCUUUUUUAGGAGGAUCUGGUCCUCAGCUGUCCCGAAGCAGCCCGGUGGCACUAUGGCCACUGGUUUAGGGCCCUGCAGACCCUCCCCAGAUUUCCGUAUGGGCUCUGUGCUGCAGGACGUGCUGCCUCGGCAGCUGCUGGCACCGGCGGGGUGGUGGCACGCCAGCUGCCCGUCCUUUGUCCCCCGCUGCCACAGCUCGUGGGACCCUACAGGAGCGAGGUGUCCUCAGGUUCGGGGGCCUGAGCUGCUCCUCGCUCGGUGCCAGCAAACCCCAGGGCCCUGGGGGAAGCAGGGACUGGAGCAGCAGGGUCCUUCCCUCCCCCGAUGUGACAGCCGCGUCCCCUCCUCGCCGUCUCCUCUUAAUCGAGGGCUGGGGAUGCUCUGGGGUGUUGAGGGGAAGGGGUGAGGGCAGAGGACGCAUCCCCUGUCCUCCUCCCAUGGCACAAAGGGCCGACACGGACAGGACCAGAAGCUCCCGGUGCUUUUGAGGCUUUUGAGGCUUCCAGAGAUAUUUUUAACUGAUUUACAGCCUCUGGUGCUGGGAGCAGCGGGACCGUGCUGCUGAGGGU